AAGGUACCGCGCAUGUGUUAUGGAUAGGUACUGUCUGGUUGCUCUGAUAUUUGAUCUCGGUCUUUUUGGCUACGCCAGUGCAGUUUGGAAUAAGUAUGGAACGAUAUCAGUGGUAGGACCAGCUUUUGUGAACAGGGAGGUAAAACUGAAAGCGACACCAUUCUAUCCUUGGGGAUGUGAUGUAGAAUGGAAAUGCAUGAGGGGUGGUAGCACAACGUUCCAAACAAUGACUGGGACAAAUGUUAAAUAUUCAGAAGCUGGGUCGUUCUUUUUGAAAUGGACGGCUACAUUAGAAUACAACAACUCUUACUUUUACGCCGGAUGUAUUACAAACACAACGAUACAUACACAAAUGGUAUAUUUGGUUAUGAAAGACAUUGUUGGACACUGUGGAGCUCUCGUGCUUUUAAACCAAGUUAUUCGCGGCGCAAACGUAAAACUGGGAUUUUUUCCGUCUGACUAUUAUAUACAGCGCCAAACAAGUGCUAUACGAACAUGGAAGAAAGACUUUCAAGAGGUACAGCUACGAAACGGUUCUUACGAAGAGGAUAUUGUUUCUGUAUAUUUUUACAAAUUAACGGUAUUCAACUUUGAUGAAAAAAACGAGGGCACAUAUACUUUCAAGUGCAAUUUUGUAGGAACCACGGAAUCUGUGCAUCUUUAUAUUCAAGAGCGACCGAGUUACCCAAUACUCGGUCCCAAGUCCCCUGACUUUAACACAACAGGAUGCAUUUAUGUUUAUGGUGGCUCUGACGUGUAUUGCAAAACUGACAAUGGAACCGAACCCGUACAAGUCGUACUUUUACUUGGCAAUGAUUCAUUUGUUCUUGCUGAAAGCAAGGGAAACAAAGGGUUGUACCGGUUCCAUAACGUCCAUAAACAUAUGGCUGGACAGUCGAGACGGAAUGUGACAUGCCAAGUUUCAUAUGCAGCCCUUGAAACACCUUACGAAGUGCACGGCAUUCUAUGUAACGUGGGUAAGCAAAUAGGAGAUACAUAA